AUGGAUGAGAAAGAUCUUGAGCCAUCUCUUCGCGAUGUCCACAUCGAAUACGCCGCCGAUGGCACUCGACAAGAGAUCGCCGAAGAGGCUCGAGGCGCCGACCUCGAGGACAUGCCGGAGGGCUAUUAUCGGAACUGGCGAUUCAUUGGAUCCGUUGCUGCCGUUGCAUUCAUGGCCCAAGGCCUAUACCUAGGCUACAUCCUACCCGUCAAUACCAUCACCAUCAUCAAUGCCGACCUAGGCCCCGAUCCCAACUACGCCUUGAUCCCCGUGAUAAAGACGCUAUGCGGAGGAGUUGGCUUGACGCUUGUCGGUCGACUAAGUGACAUAUUUGGACGCCGAUGGUUCAUGAUCACAGGAGCUAUACUUGGAAUCAUAGGAUCAAUCAUAAAUGGCACUGCCAAAGACAUCAAUACCAUUCUCGGCGGCACCGUCUUCAUGGGCCUUGCCGGGGCCAUCCAAACUUGCUUCAGCUUUGUCCUCAUGGAACUUGUCGCAAACAAGCACCGCGGCAUCGUUACUGGUCUCCUAUUCUUCUCAACCUGCCCUCUUGCUGCCUUUGGCCCUCUCAUCGCUCGCUGUUUGGCCCAGUACACCGCUCUUAGCUGGCGUUGGAACUACUGGCUCAAUCUUAUUACAUGCGCCAUCUCCGGCAUCCUGUUCUUUAUCUGCUAUCAUCCACCGACUCACAGGCAACUGCAUGAGGACACGAGCAUGUCCAAGCAACUCCGUCAGCUCGACUGGGGAGGGAUCGUUCUCUUUGCCGGCGGACUCACUUCCUUUGUAUUAGGCCUGUCUUGGGGCGGAGGUCUCUAUCUCUGGGACUCCUACCAUGUUAUCGUUCCAAUCGUUGUUGGAUUUGCCGUACUUGUGAAGCUGACCCCGAAAGAAAUAUACAUGCCGCUGAAGUAUCCUCUCAUCCCAAUGUCUCUCUUCAUGAACGGUCGUUUCAUGGCCCUCAUCGGCGUCGCAUCCGUCGCAAGCAUGUUCUACUACUCUCUCACCGUCAUUUGGCCGCAAAUGAUCACUUCCCUCUACGAAGACAAGCAAGUCAUGAUAGGCCUAAUGUCGGGCGCGUUAGGCGGGUCCAUCGCCUUUGGCCAAGUCGUCGGAGGCUUCACUGUACGCUUUGGCUUCGGCCAUUGGCAGCUCCGCAUCGCCGCCCUACUCAUGUGCGCCUUCAUCGGGGCCAUGGCGGCUGCCGAUGCCUCCACACGCACCAUGUCCAUCAUUCUCUGUUGCCUCGGCGCUCUGGCCGUCGGCGUCGUUGAAGUCGUAGGUAUUGUCGCUGUGCCGUUCUGUGUUCCUCCUGCGGAUCUCGGCCUCGCAAGUGGUCUGUUAGGGUCAUGUCGCUCGACUCUUGGCAGCGUGGCUCUCGCCAUCUUUUCUAGCGUCUUGACAAGCACCAAGGCCGAGCAGAUACCCCCCCGACUAAAGAAGUUAGCGGUCGAAGAUAGCCUCUCUGCGAAGUCGACGGCUCUUCUCAUCAAGUCUGGGCUACUCGGUGCUGUUGCUACAUUCGCCAAGAUCCCUGGUAUUGCCAACGAGAGGAUCCCGCUGUAUGUGAAAGCAGUUCAGGACGGGAAUGUGAAGUCGUAUCAUAUGGUGUUCUUCUCCAGUCUGGCGUUCGGCGGCGUGGCGAUUAUCUGCGCGUUUUGCACGAAGCCUUUCAACCAGUUCUUCACCGAACGGGUCGAAAGAAGGCUACAAGGCGUUGAGAAAGAGCAUGUUGCCGGGAAAGAGGUGUAA